AUGAGUAAUAAAUAUUAUUCUCCAAUUUCCACUCUAAUACAAUCCAAGUCCGCAAGAUUUAAAAAUUCUUCGAUUCACAGUUAUUAUAGAAAAUUCUCUACAAGUUCAAGAACACUAUCCCCAUUACUCGAGAAAUAUAAUUUUGUUGAAUUUUACAAUAGUAAGAAUGUUUAUUCUUCUAUUACCUACAGAUAUUUUCACCGUGAUCCCAUUACUAAUAACAACAACAACAACCCUGGUAUGCUGUUAACUAACAAAAGUAAGAAAGCAAUACUUAAGUGGAUAAUCAUUAUAGUGCUUUCCUUAUUUGUGGCCUCUAUUAUAUUACCGGAAAACAAUAAAGAUAUUGAUGAGGAUGAUCUUCAUGAUGGUGAUAAAAAAUUACAAUACCGUCAUAGAAUUAGAAUCGUUGCCAAUGAUUGGAUGUUUUUCCUAUAUUCCACUUUACCAUUAAAUGCUGCUUCAAGAUUAUGGGGUCAGGUUAAUUCUUUGACUUUGCCCGAGUGGUUUAGACCAAUAGGUUUCAAACUUUAUUCCUAUGUCUUUGGCGCUAAUUUAAAUGAAAUGCAAGAUCCUGAUUUAACACAUUACACCAACCUGAGUGAGUUUUUCUAUAGAAAUAUUAAGCCAGAAACUAGGCCCAUUGCUGUAGAAAGUACUAUUGUGUGUCCCAGUGAUGGAAAAAUCUUGCAGCUAGGUGAAAUCGACCCGGUCAAUGGAGAAAUUGAACAAGUGAAAGGCUUAAAUUAUUCUUUACAAGAAUUUUUGGGCACGCAUUCACACCCAUUCAUGAACAAAUUGGUUGUGGAGUACGAUUCACAUGACAAAGAUGAUGAGAAAAUAUUUAGUUUUAAAUUUGAAGAAGAGGGCGAUAAAUCUAUAUCAAGUUCAAAAGACAACAACUUAAGCAAGCCUUCAAGCCCUGCUAAAAACUUAAAAGUGUUGAAAGAAUUAAUUUCUAACGACGUUUUUCCCGGUUCCCCUCAGUUUACAGAAGAUAUAAGCAAUAAGCAGCAGAAUAAAUUAAUGUUUGCUGUUAUAUAUCUAGCUCCAGGCGACUACCAUCACUACCAUUCCCCUGUUGAUUGGGUUAUUAAAUUACGUAGGCAUUUCCCAGGUGAAUUAUUCUCAGUGGCUCCCUAUUUCCAACACAAUUUCCCCAACUUAUUUGUUUUAAAUGAGAGGGUGGCUUUAUUAGGACAAUGGAAAUAUGGGUUUUUCAGCAUGACUCCAGUCGGUGCCACUAAUGUUGGUUCUAUUAAAUUGAAUUUUGAUAGGGAUUUGGUGACAAAUGAUAAGCAGCAUAUACACAAUCAAUUAAACACCUGUUACGAAGCCAACUACAAAAGUAGUUCUAAAUUAUUAAAUGGUGUUCCAAUGUUAAAGGGUGAAGAAAUGGGUGGUUUUAUGUUGGGUAGUACUGUUGUUCUAUGUUUUGAAGUUCCAAACUCUUUUAAAUACAAUGUCAAAGUGGGGGAUAUAGUGAAAGUGGGCCAAUCUUUAGGAGAUAUUUAA